AUGAAACGCGAGUACAUCCCGAUCGAGUCCCUGCCAGCUUGGCAGAGGCUCAAUGGGAUCACUGUUCAAGGCAUCGCAGUUCACAAGGUUGGAUCUGAUCAACAUGGCGCAGACAAAGGCAGUGCCCUCAUCGCAACAGAAGCCCAGAUGAGCAGCGAGAACGAUGCAAAACCUACGAUCCUACUACAGAUUCCCUCUGAAUUAAUUUUAUCUCUAGAGGCCGUCCAUAACCAUUCCAAAACUGACAGCCCCGACCUGCGUCCAGCACACGAGAUCAUUGGUAUCUCCAAUCCCUGGACGGAGUACGUGAAGUUCCUGCCUCCAUCGUUCCCUCUGCCUACCUUCUACACCGCCGAGGAACAACAGCUCCUCCGAGGCACAUCGCUUGAAGAAGCUCUAGCUGCGAAGUUUGCAUCUCUGGAGCGGGAGUUUGAACAGCUGCGCCAGGCUACGGAGGGCAUUGCAUGGUGCCAGCGGAGCUGGUGGGAUGAGAAGACUGGCGCGCUCACAAUUCAUGACUGGAAAUAUGUUGACGCUGCCUAUCGGUCGCGCAUGCUGGAUCUACCUGGCAGUGGUCUAGCGAUGGUGCCUUGUAUUGAUAUGGCCAAUCAUGUCUCCGGUGAUGGGGUCAAGGCGCUGUACGAUGCAGACCGGGAGGGGAAUGUCGUGCUUCAGUUACGAUGGGGCAAGACUCUUCAACCCGGAGAAGAGGUUACAAUCACAUAUGGAGAUGAAAAGCCUGCAUCUGAGAUGAUAUUUUCCUACGGCUUCCUGGAAAGCGGCACAACUGAAGCACGGGAGAUAUUCCUCAAUCUAGAUAUCCCAGAGGAUGACCCUCUCGCCCUUGCAAAGAAGAUGUUCUGCCAGAACAAUCCUGGAAUUCGAAUUUCGGCCGUGGAGAGCUCUGAAGAAGUAACAUGGGAGAGUGGCCUUGCGUGGAUUGCAUGUGUCAAUGAAGAAGACGGCCUUCACUUUGGGAUUGCACAGACGACGGACGGCGGUCGGGAGUUGGAAACCACCUGGAAAGGCGAAAAGAUCCAGUCGACCAAUCAUCUCCGCGAGCUUCUCGCUGUUGAUCCGUUAUGGGAGAUUUUCCAACUUCGCGCCGCAGUACUACUUCUCGAACGGCUCGAAACCCAGCUCGCUCUUCUCCAGGAGACUGAGGAGAUCAUUUCGAAUAUGCAAGAGGACAAAACGGUUUUGGAUUCUAUGUUCCGACCUGGGAUCUUCACCGCGAUUGCUCAAUAUCGGACCUUGGAGGGGGAGCUCCUAGAAAAGGCUGUCGAGGAAUUGAUCAAGCAGAGAACAGAGUUGCUGGCUUCUAAAACGGUGGCCGAAUAUUUCCGUGCACAGACAGGGGAGCCGGAUGAAGCCGACGACUUUUCAUGA